CGGCUCAGGGGCGCUGGGAAAGGAGGGGUUAAAGGGGUCUGGGGUCCGGGCACUGGGAAAGUAGACAGGAAGGGAGAAUAUGACAUCAAAUUCUGGAGAAGAGAACAGGCCCGUCUCAGGGUUUGGGAAGAAAAUAAUUAAGGACCCCUAAAUAUGAUGCCCUGCUCUCCGACCUGGAGACCACCACCUCACACAUGCCAAGGUCAGGGGUUCCAAAAGAGCGGUCCCCAGAGCCUCUCACAGGUCCCCUGCCCUAUGGCCACCAGCCACAGACAGGGUCUGGGGAGUCUUCAGGAGCCUCUGGGGACAAGGACCAUCUGUACAGUACGGUUUGCAAGCCUCGGUCCCCAAAGCCUGCGGCCCCUGCAGCCCCUCCAUUCUCCUCUUCCAGCGGUGUCUUGGGCACAGGGCUCUGUGAGCUAGACCGGUUGCUUCAGGAACUUAAUGCUACCCAGUUCAACAUCACAGAUGAAAUAAUGUCUCAGUUCCCAUCAAGCAAGGAGACUGCAGGGGAACAGAAGGAGGACCAAUCUGAGGACAAGAAAAGGCCCAGCCUCCCUCCCAGCCCAUCCCCUGUUCUCCCAAAGCCUUCAGCAACCUCAGCCACCCUGGAGUUGGACAGACUGAUGGCUUCGCUGUCUGACUUCCGUGUCCAAAACCACGUGAAUCAGCUUCCAGCCUCUGGGCCAACCCAGCCACCAGUGCCAAGCUCUGUGAAUGAGGGCUCCCCAUCCUCACCAGGGCCGGCUAGCAAGGGCAGCCUCGACACCAUGCUGGGGCUGCUGCAGUCCGAUCUCAGCCGCCGUGGUGUUCCCACCCAGACCAAGGGUCUCUGCGGCUCCUGCAAUAAACCUAUUGCUGGGCAAGUGGUGACCGCGCUGGGCCGCGCUUGGCACCCUGAGCACUUCAUUUGCGGUGGCUGUUCCAUGGCCCUGGGAGGCAGCAGCUUCUUUGAGAAGGACGGAGCCCCCUUCUGCCCUGAAUGCUACUUUGAGCGCUUCUCUCCACGAUGCGGCCUCUGCAAUCAACCCAUCCGACACAAGAUGGUUACUGCCUUGGGCACCCACUGGCACCCGGAGCAUUUCUGCUGCGUCAGUUGUGGGGAGCCCUUCGGAGAUGAGGGUUUCCACGAGCGAGAGGGCCGCCCCUACUGCCGCCGGGACUUCCUGCAGCUGUUCGCCCCGCGCUGCCAGGGCUGCCAAGGCCCCAUUCUGGAUAACUACAUCUCGGCGCUCAGCGCACUCUGGCACCCGGACUGUUUCGUCUGCAGGGAAUGCUUCGCGCCCUUCUCGGGAGGCAGCUUUUUUGAGCACGAGGGCCGCCCGCUGUGCGAGAACCACUUCCACGCGCGGCGUGGUUCGUUGUGCGCCACGUGUGGCCUCCCCGUGACCGGCCGUUGCGUGUCCGCCCUGGGCCGCCGCUUCCACCCAGACCACUUCACCUGCACCUUCUGCCUGCGCCCACUCACCAAGGGCUCCUUCCAGGAGCGCGCGGGCAAGCCCUACUGCCAGCCCUGCUUCGUCAAGCUCUUCGGCUAAUCACCUGCGAGAGCCCAAGGCCCCAGUGACCCCACCCUUCCCCAAAAGACGUGCUCUCCAGACCCCAGGGCCUUGCUCUUUGAGCCUGGGGGUCUCUCCCCAGCCCACCCUGUGAGGCCCCACCCACUGGAGAGACCCGCCCCUGAGGUACUCUACUCUUGAGGUCUCCAUGGUCAAAUUCAGAAAAGGUCCGGCCAAUUUCAAGACCACACGGGUGGGUCGUACACUGUAAAGCAACCCCGCCUGAGGUCUUCACUUUAUCCCCACCCUUGAGGGAGGCCCCUGACUGGAGGUGGGCCCUUGCAAUUCCGCCUACUCAGAGGACAGGCCAGGACAGACCUGCUCCCCUCUCCCUCACUGUUCUGUGCACUUUUUUUGUACCCACAUAAAAACACAUGGCACAUCA